AUGAAAAAGCUAGCUGAGUUGACUAAUAAGGAAAUAAUCAAUUUGCUGUCAAGACAAGCACAUGUAGAGUUGUAAUCGAGCUUCUUGUAUUUGUAAUAUGCCUAUUGGUUUGACAAUAACAAUUUUGAAGGAAUUGGCAAAUUUUUCAAAGCGGAAAGUGAAGAAGAGAGAAAACACAGCGUUUAGAUAUUUGAUUACUUGAAUGUAAGAGGUGUUCAAGUGGCAAUCGAUCCAUAAUAAGCAGCUUUCUCAAAUCUGAAGACUCAUUUUGAAAAACCCGGAGAAUAUUUUGAAGCCUACUUAGCAAGAGAGCAUUUGAAUUAUUCUUUGCUUGAUUAGAUUGGAAAAUAGGCAUAAUAGACCGAAGAGAUAUUGACACACAAAUUCAUAGGUUCAAUGUUGGAGGAUCAAGCAUCUUCAGUUGAUGAGGCAGAGAAGUUAUAUGCCAAGGCCCAAGCUUAUUCUGCUUUUCCUGGAUUAUUUUACCAUUUAGAUGCAUAAAUCGAGAAGGGAAGCCAAUCAUUCGAUACAUGGAGAGCAAAGCAAUCAUGAUUCUGAAUAUGAUAUUGGUUUAUUAGAAUUAAUUGAUUCUUAAUUUCUGAAUGCAAAAAA